AAGCUUUUUGAAAAUACAUAACGAUUGUGUUAAGGUCAUACAGAUUACAGAGCCAAACAAGGCUUGAAGCAUCAUGAAAUUACAGAUGUACCCCAACCACAGAAAAACCAGAAUUCCAAAACUCGACAGAAGCCUCGUUUGCUUCAUGGUUAGCAUUACGGAUUUUUAAAGGAUCAUUCUUCCCUUGAAGGAAUCUACCAAACACCAUUCCAUCCUUGUUUCUCAAUUCCCAGGUCGUAUUUUCCUUGUGCUCCAAUUUUUGAGAAAGUCCAAGAAGAUCAUGUCGAACCUCACAACCGACGCUGUGACUUCAGUUUCAUUUUCGGAUUUCCCUGAAGAUGUCCAGCUCUGUAUCCUCUCCUUCUUGACUCCCUCCGAGAUCGCCACCUUCGCUUGCACAUCAAAACGCUUCCUUUCACUCUGUACCUGCGACAGCAAGCUCUGGUUCACUCUUUGCGACAGGAGAUGGGGGUCCAAGACCCAGAUCAAGAAAUGGGGAUCCGGUAAAAUCACCUACAGACUCCUCUACAGGACCCUGAUCGAGUGGGAAAAUCUGAUUGGUUUCUGGCGUCGAAGCGGGCAGGUAACCCUCGGCGUCGCAUCUCCACCCUUGAUUUUCUUUGAAUGGUGUCCAUCGUUUAUUAUUGGGUCUAGGGUUUCUCCUUCUAGACUUGGUACUUAUCACGUGAUAAAAGCUCCAUUCUUAUGUAUGAGUAUCACCCCAGAGGGCGAGACUAUGAAUUUUCUCGACCCCGAUGGGAAAAUCGAAUUGUCGGAAGAUUUCGUGGACGCGGUGCAAGCAGGGUUUCUAGAGAACGAUUUGAUUCCAGUUCAUGUCAGUUUCAUGGGGAAAAACCAUGUUGUUGUAGAGGAAAACUUGAGCUUUACUUCUUUGAAUUCUCAAGAACCAAAAAAUACUGGGUUUCGGAGGAGUUCGAGUUCCGGUAACGUGAGAGCAGAGGAUAUUGGGGUUGUGGAGGACAUGAUUGGCUCGGAGAGCGGGUCGCCAGGGAGUUUGCCGGACAGAUUCAUGUCGGAAAUUUAUCAAUACUUUGCGAACAGAACGAGCCCGGGUGGGGAGAGGGCGUCGAGGAGGCAGAGGAAGAGAGAGAAGGCAAGGCAGGGUAGGAGGAAGUGGAUGCCUGAGCAUUUUGUUAAAAUUGUUAACUGUUCCCCCACACCAUCAAGGCCUUUACAGGGACUAUGGAAGGGUAUAUCUGAUGAUAAGAACUUGUACUUUUUUCUUGUGGCAUAUGAUGACAUUGGAGGCAUUGCCUGUCGAACAAUUGGGGACUCAUCUAAACCUUUGUCUGGUUACUCCCCUGUAUUUUGGACUUCAAAAACUACACUUUUAGAGGCUCCAUUUUCUCCUGAAGAAGAAUAUUUAUAUGAUAGUCGCAUACAUCUUCGGCCACUUGCAACAGCAGAUCACAUUCAUGGGCAUCAUCCCUUGACAGAAAAUGAAGUGGUUUCACACAUACUUUGCAUAAAUUCAAGUUAUGAUCUGGUAAUUCCAGACUUGGCUGGAACUUCUGCAAAUCCACGGGAUGUGGAAGGAAGGAUUUGGCUGUAUGAGAGUGGGACAUUUGGGUUUGGGUUUCUCAGGAACCAUUUCAUUGUAGACCUGAAACAUAUUGCACAACAUGGCUGUCUUCUUGAGGCAAUGGAACUUUGUAGUGAUUUGUGCUAGUUUAAGGCCAUCUGUAUACAAAACAGUCAUGUAGCUGGAUGCCAUUUGUGUACUUUGGCACUUUGUAACAAUAAUGAUAUCAAUUCUUUUGAUAGCAUCCCGUCAUAUUGAUUUUCUAUUUAGUGUUGAGUUCAUUUUAUGGAA